CGAGGCUCUCUCUAAUCUUGUUUCAAAGUAUCCUGGCUCUGGGGCUGGAGAAGAGCCACUCUUAGGCGCCCCAAGGCAAGCAGCUGGAUAGAUUUAGAAAGAUCUCUGGAUGCUUCCUCCUUGUUGAGAUCUCCGCUCCUGUGAGGAAUUCACAAGGGGCUAUAAACUGAACUGCCAGUUGUUUUCUCUCUCUCUCUCUUUCUAGUUGCAACAGAACAGUGUGACUGCCAACAGCGCUGUGAAAAAGCAUCAGAGCCUCAGACAGAAGACAUUGACUCCAGUUUGCUGACAGCCACCAGUACUGCCCUGGCCGAGAGCAAAACCCCCCCACGCCCCCGUGUCUGUGUCCGGAUUUCCUAGCGAUGCUGUGAAGCUGGGGAUGUGUUGCUGAUGGUCUCCAGAGUCUUUCUGUCUCCUCAGGACCAAGUCUCCACUUCAGCCGCGUUCUUGGAGCUCGCUUGCAGUCCUGAGCAAUCCUGACCGAGGAGAAAGAACCGGGAGAUGAUGGACUAGGAGCUCACUCACACACACAUACACCCACACGCAAUGGCACCCGCGAUCUUCAGGACUCUCCUCGCACUUUUUCACAUCGCCCAAGUUUCAGGAUUUGGCGUUCAUCCAACCCAGGAAAUUGACGUUUUCGCCGCAUUGCAACUCAGUGAUUCAACCGACGGCAUCGUCCAGGUCCUAGGAUUCCACAAUGGAAGCCGGGCGUUUCUAUUCCAAGAUACUGCCAGAAAUUUAAAAGCGUCUCCAUCUACAGUUGAACAUAUUUUUCAGAGGCUGAGAUACACUCAUGAGUUUACUGUUCUGAUUACACUGAAGCAGGUCCACUAUAAUUCAGGAGUCUUCCUGUCUAUUCAUCAUUCAGAUAAGAGGUAUCUGGAGGUGGAGAGUAGCGGCCAUCGGAAUGAAGUUCGUUUUCACUAUCAAUCUGGCAGCCAUCAGUCUCACACAGAGGUCUUCCCAUAUGCUUUGGCUGAUGGGCAGUGGCAUCGUGUUGCCUUGGUCAUCAGUGCAUCUCACUUGAUUUUAUAUGUGGACUGUAACAAGAUUUAUGAACGAGUUAUUGAAAGGCCCAGUAUGGAUAUUCCAAUUGGCUCAACAUUUUGGUUAGGACAAAGGAACAAUGUUCAUGGCCUUUUCAAGGGCGUGAUGCAGGAUGUGCAGAUUCUCCUGAUCCCACAGGGAUAUAUUACUCAAUGCCCUGACCUCAAUCGCACCUGCCCAACAUGCAAUGACUUCCAUGGACUUGUACAGAAGAUUAUGGAGCUCCAAGAUAUUUUAUCCAAGACAUCAGCAAAGCUAUCUUAUGCUGAGGAGAAGAUGAACAGUUUGGAUCAUUGUUACUGUGAGAAGAGCUGUAAGGUGAAAGACAGAGUCUACAGAGAGUCACAGUAUUGGGCCGAAGGCUGCAAGAAUUGCACAUGCAAGAAUGGAACAGUCCAGUGCAAGACAAUGAUCUGCCCCCCUGAGAUUUGUCCUCCAGGUAAUGCUCCAGUCUAUGUGGAAGGAAAAUGUUGCAAGGAAUGCCAACCUGUUUGUGUCCUUGGCAACAAGCUUUACUAUAAUGGGCAGAGGGUGACAGAAUGGAAAGCACCAGGAGAGUGCCGUCUCUUGGAAUGUAAGGGCAAAUCAAUGCAACGUGUUCAAUAUUCGAGCUGUCCUUCGCUGCCUUGCUCACGAUCAAAUCAAAUCUCCCUGACAAACAGCUGCUGUAAGGUUUGCAGAGGUAAUGACUUUUGUGCUGAUGGCCCCAAAUGCGUUGAGAAUUCUGAAUGUGUCAAUUUGGAGGCUGGUGCUAUCUGCAAAUGCAAAAGUGGCUUUACGCCUCUCCGUGAUGAUGAAGCCUACUGUGAAGAUAUUGAUGAGUGUGCCCAAAGUAAACACUACUGUCGAGAGAAUACCAUCUGUGUGAACGGCGCUGGGUCCUACAUCUGUAUCUGCAAAACGGGUUAUAUUAAGGUUGAUGACUACUCCUGUACAGAUCAUGAUGAAUGUAGCACAAAGCAACACAGCUGUGAUGAUAAUGCUCUGUGUUUUAACAUUGUUGGAGGUCACAACUGCAUCUGUAAACCAGGAUAUACGGGCAAUGGCACCCAUUGUGAGGACAUUGACGAAUGUGCGGAGGGCUUUGUUCAAUGUGACAGCCGUGCUAAUUGCAUAAACCUUCCUGGAUGGUACCACUGUGAAUGCAGGGACGGAUACCAUGAUAAUGGCCUGUUUGCAGCAAAUGGAGAGACAUGUGAAGAUAUCGACGAAUGUGGGACCAGGAGACACACUUGCACCAAUGACACUGUUUGCUUUAACCUGGAAGGAGGUUAUGAUUGUAGAUGUCCUCACGGGAAAAACUGUACCGGGGACUGUGUUCACGAAGGCAAAAUAAAGCACAACGGACAGAUCUGGGUUUUAGAAAAUGAUCGAUGCUCGGUCUGCUCAUGUCAGACUGGCUUGGUGCUGUGUCGACGGAUGGUCUGUGACUGUGAAAACCCUACAGUGGAUCUUUUCUGUUGCCCUGAGUGUGACCCACGACUAACCAGCCAAUGCCUGAAUCAAAAAGGAGACAUGACGUAUAAAAGUGGAGACUCUUGGGUACAAGACUGCCAACAGUGUCACUGUGUGCAAGGUGAGGUUGACUGCUGGCCUCUGCUGUGCCCAGAAAUCGAUUGUGAAUUUAGCACAAUCCCAGAGGGUGAAUGCUGCCCACAAUGCAUCACUGAUCCUUGUCAAGCUAACAAAAUCCGCAAUGAUAUCACCAAGACUUGCGUAGAUGAGCUUAAUUUGGUCCGCUUUACAGGAUCCUCAUGGAUAAAACAUGGCACGGAAUGUACUCUCUGCCAAUGCAAGAAUGGUCAUGUCUGCUGCUCAGUGGACCCUCAGUGCCUUCAGCAACUCUAAGCUGUAAAACACUCUGUAUAGCAUUUGUUGUGCCAUUUGUAUGGAAUUCCUGUCAAUUCUGCAGGGCAAGAGUUAACAUCAGUACAAAACUCUCUACAAGAACAACUUUCCUAUCAGAAAAUAAUGUUUAUACCAAAUACAUAUUUACGUUUAACCAAAACAGAAGCUGUUGUCAUCAAGAGGAAAUCACAUUAUAGCCAGGACUGAGAGUGUUGGAGCUAAAUCACAUGUGGCCAGUUUACAAAUGGAGAAGUCAUUUGAAAGCAAGUGCAAACUUGUUAGAUUGUAUGUGAAAAACAUGUUUUAACACCAAGUUUAGAAAGAAUAUAUGUACAAGCAUGACUAGACAGUAAGGAUCUCAAUGCAAGGGAAGUCUGGUAAUGUAUUUUUUUUUCUGUUGUUUGUUUGAAUUGAUGUUUCCCAGUUCCAAUGAUUGCUGACUUGCUUGUCUUAGUGCAAAUAUGUUGAAUUUAAAUUAAAACAAUUUUCAUUCAA